CCGACUCCCGGCUGUGCCGGAGUCGGGUGGGUCGGCGGCUAUAAAGCUGGUAGCGGAGGGGAGGCGCCGCGUACGGUCUUUCGCGGCUUGGUCUUUUCCUGUGGUCACUACCCGGUCACAUUUGGUGCCCAGCAGAGGAAACAGUGACAGACCUGGAGGCUGCAGUUCUCUGUCCUUCACACAGCUCUUUCACCAUGCCUGGGUCACUUCCUUUGCAUGCAAAAGCUUGUUGGCCAAAAGAUGUGGGAAUUGUUGCCCUUGAGAUCUAUUUUCCUUCUCAAUAUGUUGAUCAAGCAGAGUUGGAAAAAUAUGAUGGUGUAGAUGCUGGAAAGUAUACCAUUGGCUUGGGCCAGGCCAGGAUGGGCUUCUGCACAGAUGGAGAAGAUAUCAACUCUCUUUGCCUAACUGUGGUUCAGAAUCUAAUGGAGAGAAAUAACCUUUCUUAUGAUUGCAUUGGACGGUUAGAAGUUGGAACAGAGACAAUCAUUGACAAAUCAAAGUCAGUGAAGACUAAUUUGAUGCAGCUAUUUGAGGAGUCUAGGAAUACAGGUAUAGAAGGAAUAGAUACAACUAAUGCGUGCUAUGGAGGCACACCUGCUGUCUUCAAUGCUGUUAACUGGAUUGAGUCCAGCUCUUGGGAUGGAAAUGCCAGACCUACAGGUGGAGUUGGAGCUGUGGCUUUGCUGAUUGGGCCAAAUGCUCCUUUAAUUUUUGACCGAGGGCUUCGUGGAACACAUAUGCAACAUGCCUAUGAUUUUUACAAGCCCGAUAUGGUCUCCGAAUAUCCUAUAGUCGAUGGAAAACUCUCCAUACAAUGCUACCUCAGUGCAUUAUACCGCUGUUAUUCUGUCUACCACAAAAAGAUCCGUGCCCAGUGGCAGAAAGAGGGAAAUGAUAAAGAUUUUACCUUAAAUGAUUUUGGCUUCAUGAUCUUUCACUCACCAUAUUGUAAACUGGUUCAGAAAUCUCUAGCUCGGAUGAUGCUGAAUGACUUCCUUAAUGACCAGAACAGAGAUAAAAAUACUAUCUACAGUGGCCUGGAAGCUUUCGGGGAUGUUAAAUUAGAAGAUACUUACUUUGACAGAGAUGUGGAAAAGGCAUUUAUGAAGGCUAGUUCUGAACUCUUUAAUCAGAAAACAAAGGCAUCUUUGCUGGUAUCAAAUCAAAAUGGAAAUAUGUAUACAUCCUCAGUAUAUGGUUCCCUUGCUUCUGUUCUAGCCCAGUACUCUCCUCAGCAAUUGGCAGGGAAGAGGAUAGGAGUGUUCUCUUAUGGUUCUGGUUUGGCUGCCACCUUGUACUCUCUUAAAGUUACACAAGAUGCCACACCAGGGUCUGCUCUUGAUAAAAUAACAGCAAGUUUAUGUGAUCUUAAAUCAAGGCUUGACUCAAGAACUUGUGUAGCACCAGAUGUCUUUGCUGAAAACAUGAAGCUCAGAGAGGACACUCAUCACUUGGCCAACUAUAUACCUCAGUGUUCAAUAGAUUCACUCUUUGAAGGAACAUGGUACCUAGUUAGAGUGGAUGAAAAGCAUAGAAGAACGUACGCUCGUCGCCCCUCUCCAAAUGAUGACACUUUGGGUGAAGGAGUAGGACUUGUGCAUUCAAAUACAGCAACUGAGCAUAUUCCAAGCCCUGCUAAGAAAGUGCCAAGGCUCCCUGCAUCAGCAGCAGAACCCGAAGUAGCUGUCAUUAGUAAUGGGGAACAUUAAGAUACUCCGUGAACUGCGAGACUUCACAGUGUGUUUGGGUUGGGGUGGGGAUAGGGGAAUGGUUGGAGGAAGGGAAUGUCUGGGGACAAUUUUAAAGAAUUACACAUUGCUUAAAUUUUUAUGUGACUGACACAGAGCCUAGCAAACUGUUGUGCUCUUGGACAAGUCUAUCUGCCCAAUUUGCUAACAUGCUUCCUGUUGUGGUCUAGCCAAUGCUAAAUGUACUCGAAUGAUGUUAAGGGCUCUGUAAACUUUAUAUCUCUCUGGCCAUUUAUAUGCAUGAAAUUUAGUUUUUAAAUGUAGUGUGAAUCCUGUGCUUCUGUUAGAGGAAAGCAGAGGUACUAGUCUCCAAUUUAAUUUUUUUUUUAAUGUGUAAGAAUUUUAUACUUUGAACAACAAGAUUAUUGAAAGUA